AAUUAUUUCGGAAGAAUAAUUAUAGAGAAAGCAACGAAGCUAAAGAUUUCUCUUCCCACCUCCAUGUCUCCCUAAAGCACCUCUCAAUCUUCUUCCACGCCAUUUACUCCCUUAACUUACGUUUUUCCUUUGGUUUUUAAAUGCAGUAUAAUCCUCCCUCAGAUUUCAUUUCAGGUUGAAGAAAAUUGCUUUCGGUUGCUGGAUUUUGUUGGGUUUUCUGUCUAGAUUUCCCCUUGUUGUGCUGUGAAUUCGAAUUUUAACAGCUCCAAUGUGCCUUUCAAUCUUCCGAUUUCCGAAAUAUGGAGUCCCUGUUUUAGCUAACCUUUGGAGGGAAAACUUUCAUCCCUUGAACAGGAAUCAUGGUCAUAAUUGUUGGUAUGAUCAGCUUUGUUUUAGGAUCUAUAACCUUGAAGGAGGGCGGAACAAGAGAUGGACCAGAAAAUCUAUUACUACCAAAGCGGGGGAGAAGGCAAAGACCAACCCUAGCAGUAAACCCACCAAUAUCAGGAAUGAAAUCUUGCAGGAAUCGAUGUUAGCAAGCUGUACAGUUAACAUUAACAAGUCCGAGAAAAGUGAAACUCAGAAGCUUCAAUAUUGUGAUAUUCAACCAACAAUUAUUAAGAGCAAGGAAUUCGCUCACCUGGUGACAGUUAUAACCUUUGACAUUGAAACGACAGGUUUUAGUAGAAACCUCGAUAGAAUAGUGGAAAUUGCAUUUCAAGAUCUUUCAGGAGGAGAAAAUAGCACCUUUCAAACAUUAAUAAAUCCACAGUGCUAUAUUACAAAUUCAAAUAUACAUGGCAUUUCAAACCGUAUGGUCGAUAGUCCCAGUGUUCCAAGGAUGCAGGAACUUAUUCCAAUUAUAUUACAAUUUGUCAAAAGCCGUCAGAAACCUGGUGGUUAUGUAUUAUUGGUAGCUCAUAAUGCUCGUACCUUCGACGUACCCUUUUUACUCAGUGAAUUCAGCCGUUACUCCGUUGAUAUUCCUCUAAAUUGGCUAUUUUUCGAUACUAUGACGUUAGCCCGUCAACUGAUGAAGUUAUCCGAUUCGAAGAUUACAAAAAUAACAUUACAAGCUCUUGGCGAGUAUUACGGUAUAAAACUGGAUGGUAAAGCACAUCGAGCAUUGUCAGACGUGAGAUUGUUGUCAUCGAUUCUUCAGAGGCUUACUUUCGACCUCAAGCUAGAUAUCUCGGAUCUCGUUGAAAGAGCUUUCACUCCUUUAGAUCUGAUUAAUAAGAAGAAAAAAUAGUUUGUUGGAGUUUUUGUUGUAAUGUUCUUUACUAAUUGUUGUAACUUUUGUUCAUUCUUAUUUGAAUAACUUUUGGUCAUUUUAUUUACCCUCAUUAGAUCCUUCUUGAUGUCCAUAUUCUCAAGAAACGGGUGGAUGAAUUGAAAUGUCAGGACAUAGUUGUUUACAAAGAAAUAUGAAAGGAAGAUAGUUUGAUGAAAA